AUGGCAGAAGAAAAGAAACGAAAGUUAAGCAACACUGUGUGGCCCUCAGAAUCAAUGAAAGUCAUGGCAGAAUCGAGGUGGAUUGCUCAGAUGUCUGAAGGGACCUGCCAAGUUAGCCAUCGUAUUAAGGAGAUUGCACAAGAUGCCCUGAAGUUUAUACGUUUGGCGAAGUGGCGGAAGGUCAUGACAAGUGAUAUUGACUAUGCCCUGAAACGGAACAAUGUUGAGCCUCUGUAUGGGUUCCAUGCCCAGGAAUUCAUUCCAUACCGGUGUGCCUCUGGUGGGGGUUGGGAACUUUAUUUCUAUGAAGAGAAAGAGGUUGAUCUGAGUGACAUCAGUAACACUCCCCUACCCUGUGUUCCCCUUGAUGUCCACCUCAAAACUCAUUGGCUAGGUAUUGACGGUUCUCAGCCAGCUAUCCCAGAGAACCCAUUCCCAGGCCCCAAAGAGCAGCAAAAGGCUGAAGCAACAGAGCCCUGGAAGUCUGUCAAGCCAGGACAGGCAGAGGCUAGACCACUGAAAGUCAAAGGUCAAGGAGUUGAAACAGCAGAUGGCAAAGGGAAAGAAAAUAAAGUUCCUCCCCUGCUGGAGGGCGUCCCACUGAGACUGAAGCCCAGUAGCAUCCUGGAGCUGUCUGUGGAGCAGCAGCUGUACUACAAGAAGGUAUCUGAGGCCUGUGUAGGGACAUGUGAGGCCAAGAGAGCAGAAGCUCUACAGAGCAUUGCUGCAGACCCCGGACUUUAUCAGAUGCUGCCCGGGUUUAGCACUUUCAUCUCAGAGGGGGUGCAGGUGAAUGUGGCUCAGAAUAAUUUUGUCCUACUUGUCUACCUGAUGCGAAUGGUGAAGGCUGUGAUGGAUAACCCAAUGCUAUACCUAGAGAAAUAUGUCCAUGAUUUGAAUCCUGUUGUGAUGACUUGUGUUGUGAGCCACCAGCUGUGUCUUUGACUAGAUGUAGAGAACCACUGGGCACUCAGGUAUUUCGCAGCUGGCCUGGUAGCUCAGAUCUGCAAAUAUUUCAGCACAAGUACCAACAACAUCCAGGCCAGGAUCACAAAGACCUUCACCAAGAGCUGGCUACAUGAGAAGACUCCCUGGACGACCCACUAUGGCUCUAUUUCUGGCCUAGCAGAACUUGGACAGGAUGUUAUUAAAACCCUGAUUCUACCAAGGCUUCGGGAGGAAGGUGAGCGGAUUCAAAGUUUCCUAGGUGGCCCUGUGCUGAGCAACAUUGACCUGACUGGAGCUGACUGUGUGUACAGCCUCCUUUUGAAACAUUGUGCUGCAGUGCUGGCAAAGCUACAGCUUCCACCAGAUAAUCAGGAUGCUUUCCAGAGUGACUUUGGUGCACAGCCCUCCCUCACUCAAAUCAAAGUCAACUGCAAAAAGAAGGACAAACACAACAAUCUCCAGGGAGGAAUUCUCAACCCACCCCCAGGCUCCCUGGCUGUGGGCCUUCAAUGGCCAGCCUUCCCCUGCAAGAGCAUGAGCAUCACCUCCUCACCAACUGGAGACUUUCCUUCCACAGUAUAA